AAUCGUGACGUCAUCAAACUGCGACAUGAAGCGCAUGACGAAAUCGUACGCGUGAAUCUAAACACAGCCGCAGUUAUGUUGGUUUUAAACAGAUGUUGGAGUCAUUUACGUUCGUCGCGUUCUCUGUCCGUCGGUCUGCUGUUUCCAUCUCAUCGCUGCCCUUCAGCUCCGUCCAGGCUUUUUACCGGGACCAGGACCGGACGGUCCUCCUCCCAGCACCUGACCAGGGUUCGUCUUCGUUUACCUGUUGACAAAUAUCGAGGUUUCUCAACUUCCCCCAAUAUCCGAAGUGACCAUGUUAGUGGCGCCCCGUCAACACAUUAUCAUCUUAUUUAUACAUGCAAGGUCUGCUCCACCAGGUCCGGUCAGAAGAUUUCCAAACAGGCUUACUAUAAAGGUGUAGUGAUAGUGACCUGCCCAGGAUGUAAGAACCACCAUAUCAUCGCUGACAACCUCGGCUGGUUCUCAGACCUAGAAGGGAAGAGAAACAUUGAAGAAAUCCUUGCUGCCAAAGGAGAGACAGUGAAGAGGAUGGAGGGAAAUGCUGCUUUUGAGAUAGUACUGGAUGAAUCCACACAAAAUCUAUCACAAUGUGAUGACGACACACAAAAAACCUGAAAAUAAACCUGAAAAAUAAUAUGUGAUAAUGUUUUUCUAUAUGACUGUUUAGUCACACUGUAAAUAAAAUGUUUAUUGAAUUCUGUAAUGUACAUAGGAAAAAUUACAUUUUCAUAGACAAAUGUAGAGUGGUAAGAUUUACUAUGUAAGUCGCAUAAAUAAGUUGGAAAAGAGA